AUGGAGAAACUUAGAAAAUUAAAUGGAUUUAAUGGCAGAGGAUUUUUGGAAAAAGUCAGGCUCGGUUUAACAAGGAAACCACUGCCAUCACUGGAAGAAAGGAAGAAGUAUGAUUAUGAAUUUGCAACUUCCACUUCAUUCCACGGGGUGCACAAUAUUGUUCGUACCAAGAGCAAGAUGCGUAAGGCACUAUGGAUGUUAGUUGUCAUGGGCUCCAUCGUCCUUGUUGCCUGGCAAAUUUGUAAUCGCUUCAUCAAUUAUUUCAGCUGGCCCACCACAACUUCAGUAGUAGUUCAGUACGUGGAAAAAAUUGAAUUUCCUGCUGUAACAUUUUGUAAUCUGAACAGGUUCCAAACUGAAGCAGUAGCUAACCUAAGCAUCAUUUUCUUCCUGUGGAGCAUCGUAUCUGGAGUCCUUCAUAUGUUUGAUAUUGGAGAAAAGUUUGGCCAGGAGUUACAUUAUUUUCUUCGUGGAAAUCAAAAUUUUAGCAUCAAAGAAUUUACAAGGAAUAAUGGCUUCUUUCUCAACAACAACACAUUGCUGAAUUGUGAAUAUUUUGGGAAGCCAUGUUACCCAAAGGACUUCGAACAUGUCUUCACUGAAUAUGGAAACUGCUUUACUUUCAAUCAUAUUAACAUUCCAGCCAAAAGAAGAGUGACUGUCUCUGGAAGGGGCUUGAGUUUGCUAUUUGAUGUCAAGCAGAGCAUGUUUACUGAUGACCCUACUCUUGGUUUUGUUGAUGCUGGCAUAACCUUUGCCAUCCAUUCACCAAAAGCACCUCCCCGAUUUGAUGGUUUAGGUGUAUCCACACCAGUAGGGAUGCAUGCUCAUGCUGCUAUCCAACAGGUGAAGACAAUUGUCCAGGAACACCCUUGGGGACAAUGCAACCCAAACAUCAAGCUUAAGCACCACGAGAGUUAUAGCACCUAUGGAUGUCUCCAAGAAUGCAAGGCACAGCAUAUACUACAGCAGUGUGGAUGCUUGCCAUUCCUGUUACCAGGAAAUGGCCCAGAAUGUGACUUGGAAAAAUUCUACAAUUGCGUGUCUCCUACGCUGUAUAACAUGGAAAUCAUGGGAUCAUGUUCAGUAGGAACAUAUAAUUCUACUUGUCCAGUACCUUGUGAGGAAACAGAUUAUCCAACUACUAUCUCCUAUUCAACAUUUGCAAGUGAAAAAUCUUUGAAAUUUCUUUCCACAAAGCUGAAGAAAAGUUCAGACUAUAUCAGGAAUAAUCUUGUAUAUAUUGACAUUAAGUAUCAUGAUUUGAAUUACAAAAUGACUAAACAGCAGAAGGCACUGAGCGUAUCUGAGUUGCUUGCUGACGUUGGCGGUCAACUCGGUUUAUUUUGUGGAGCCAGUAUGAUUACAAUCAUCGAGAUUGUUGAAUAUGUUUUCACCAACUUUUGUUGGAUGUGUGUCUUUCUUCUGCUAAAAGCACCAGAGAUGCCAAACUGGAAUGCCUCUGAUCAGAAUCAACAAUCACACAAGAGAAGAAUACAAGAGUGUUAA